GUGCUGGGCGCCCCCGGCGACCUACCUGCUACCGUGGACGCCAUCCACUCCACCGGCAUGGUCCCCGUGGCCCAGGUGCCCGCCAUCUUCCUGUGCUCCACCCUCAGCAUCGUCUCCGGCAGCAGCCUGGGACCGGAGGCGGCCAUCCUGGCGCUGUGCGCCGCCAGCGUGGGCUGGCUGUCCAAGAACGUGCUGGGCCACGGCGGACGGGCGCUGCGGGCGUGCACGCUCAUGGGUGCGGCGUCGGGCAUAUCCGCCCUCUUCGGCGUGGGCCUGGCGGGCACCAUGUUCGCCUUCGAGGUCCUGCACCGCAACGGCCCCCAGUUCUUCGAGCCCCUGCCCUACGCCCUGGCCUCCAGCAUGGUCUGCCUGGCCGCCAUGCGCGCCCUCUCCGGCCUGGACCCCAUGGGCCCCGUCUGGGCCUUCCGCGACCCCCUCCUCUUCGUCGACUCCCGUCACCUCGCCAUCGGCGCCAUCCUCGGCGUCGUCUCCGCCGCCAUGGCGCUGGCGUUCAUCAAGAUCAGCGCUACCAUGCGCGCCGGCUUCAGGGCCGUGUCCCUGGAUCCGAUGCGCCGGCCGAUUGUGGCGUCGGCGGCGGGUGGGGCAAUCCUGGGACUGAUCGGCGCGGCCCUCCCGCAGACGAUGUUCUGGAGCGAGGGCGCUAUCGGCGUGAUCGCAAACCCCCAAUCCCCAAUCCCCCAUGUGUGGCCCCAAGGGGGCAUCUGGGCCCCCGUACCCAACCCCCCUUCCCCCGGCGUCUGGGCGGUGAUCGCCGUCACCAAAUUGCUGACGAUUGGCAUAUCUGCCGCGGCGGGCCUGAGGGGGGGGGAUUCAUCUUCCCUCUGA